AAAUACAUAUUGGCGGUACUAAAAUCUGGACGAUUAAAUGAGCAUAAUUGAUACAUUUUAUAAGUUAUUAGGAAAGCUUAAUUAAGAACUUAAUAGAGAACAUUCCAAAUUCAACGGAUGCAGCAGUUUUAUACUGAUAUCGUCCGAUUAUAAUUAAUUACAUAAAUAAAAACAGUACACCCUUUUUCUCAUUCAUCAGUUACACUUGUCUACUUGUCUUUAUUUAUGAGUUUCAGUUGAUUAUAAAUCCUAGGAAUCUGACUGAGCACAACGCGCAGUGUUGGCAACUUGUGCUAAUAAACUUCUUAAUCUAUCACAUAAAUUGCCAUAUUUUUAUAUUGAACGAAACGUCUUACGGCCUACCAAUACGCCAUAGUCGAAUAAUAACAUGAUUAUCCACAACAGAAAUUGGUUAUUAUAACAUGCAAAGCACAAUUUUUUAAAUUAUUUACCAUUAGUAAUAUAUUUCAGCAAAGUCAACAAUAAACUUGGCAAUCUGCAGCAAGUAACGGCAGCUUAUAUUUGGACCAAUCAAAGGUGGCUCAGGUACAUGUGGUGGAAUGAAAUAGUUGACACUCGUUUCAGUCUUUAUGUUUUUAUUUCUAUGGUCUUUAUCUAUGGUCUUUAUUUAUGAUCGGCAGUUCGGUGCUCGGUUUCGUAUCUGUUCUUAUUUCAUUAUAGUGUUUGUUUCUCUGGAUUGUCAAUUUGUUAUAAGCCUUCUUCUAUACAAUUUAAUUAAUUAUGUCGGACGAGGAAGACCUGCCGAAAACUUUAACUCCCAAAGAAUCCCAUGAGCCCAUCGUAAAUUCACAGGAACCCCAAAAGCUGCCAUGGGGAAGAAUUCUUUCAUUUAAAAAAUUUCUUCAGAAUGUGGAUCUAGUUCAAGAAUUUACUUUCGGCAGAGCAGAGAAAUGCACUGUGAGAAUAUCAAGUAAUUGUGACCCCGCAAAUGUCGUUUUCGGAAUAUCAAAGAUCCAUUUCCGGAUUGAAAAAUCUCAAGAUGACAAGCUGAUAUAUAUAACCGAUCUGAGUAAGAAUGGUACUUUUGUUAAUAAAGUGAAGUUGGGAAACGGACAACGAAAAAUUCUCAAAAGUUAUGACGAAAUUGCCGUGACAUCGCCCGAAUAUAAAUUAUACUGCUUUUUGGAGCAGAGCAGCCAAGAAAAUGAUUUUUUACCACCUUUUCUAUUCACCAAAUACGCCAACAUACGACUGCUAGGCCGAGGCUCAUGUGGCGAAGUACGCCUAGUUAAAAACAGGGAUACACUUCAAAAUUUUGCAAUCAAGAAAAUUAUUUUAAGUGAUUCGUCUCUAAGUCAUCGCAUUAAUCAUCCGACAAAAGUAUACAAUGAAAUUGACCUUUUGCAAAAACUAAAGCAUCCUGGUGUUAUUACGAUGUUUGAUAUCCAACAACACGAAAGAGAAGUAUAUUUAGUGCUGGAGUAUAUGCAAGGGGGUGAGUUUACGAAAAGGAUACUUUCCGAGGCAAUGACAGAGGAUAUAACAAAAUUUUAUUUUUUACAAAUGAUUGUGGCUACUCAAUAUUUACAUUCCCAGGGAGUCAUCCAUCGAGAUUUAAAGCCUGAAAAUAUUCUUCUUCGUGACAACAGAGAAGAAACCUUAUUAAAAAUUACGGACUUUGGCCUGUCGAAGCUGACUGAAGAAAGCAAUGCCACCACCAUGUGCGGUACAUUAACAUAUGUGGCACCAGAAGUGAUUGAUCAUUCUUAUCGUAAAGGCGGGGAAUAUGGAAACUCUGCUGAUAUAUGGAGUUUGGGCGUAAUAUUAUAUUUUUCAAUUACCCGGGAACUACCAUUUAAGGGCGAGAACAAGCAUAAAAUAGCAAAAAAUAUCACAACAGGCAACUACGACUUUACCAAUAAAAGAUGGAAGGAUGUAGAACCAACCUUGGUAGAUUUAAUUAAAAAAAUGUUGGAAGUUGUUCCAAAUAAAAGAAUUGAUAUCUGUGAUAUCUUUGAGCAUGGUUGGAUUAAAAAUGACCACUGCGUUAAGUUUCGUGUUCGAAGAAUGCUUCGAUGUGAAGGGCUCCAGAACCCAAUGGAAGAGCAUGAGCAACCUUUGAAGAAGUUUAAAUUCAAUGAUCAUAUAUCUAGUUCGUCUAACGAGUCGAAUACUACGUCAGCAAAUGUGGGACCAUCAAGUAGCUUUCCGAGUAGCUCCAUUUCUUGUACGUAAGCCUAAACCAGUUUAUUCGUUUGUUCGUUUUCAUUAUUAUUUAGUACCUUUUAAGUAACUGACUUAAUUUGACUUAUACAAACGGGUUUUGAAUAAGGUAAAAAUGCAAGGUGGCGUAUUCUAAACUAUUCUACGUUCCUGAAUGACUAUUUCAUCAAUUCAAUAUUUAACCACUUAAUUAUCAUGACUUUCUUGGAAGCAUAUUUUCCAGUCAGAAAAUAAUCAUUUUGACAUUUUUUAGACCCAUACAUGUUAUGAAAUGUGUGAUUUAAUGCACGCUAAUGUACUUAAAAAGCAUAUAACAUCAAAUAAUUAUCAUAUGACUACUAUUUACUAUUUUUCAUCAAACUCGUUCAAUUUUUUUUGUGUUUGCUGCCUUGUUACUUUUCGUAUAUACGCUAGUGUUAUUUUAAGGAUCAGAUAUGCCAAAAUGUUGACAUAUUUUCGUUCAGUAUUAUUGCUAUUAUUACUUUUUUGCCAUUAUUUACCAGAUAAUCUCUAUGAGAAACCAAAGAUGACGAUUAGUUGAGUAUCGAUUUCACGAUUUGCUCGAGUCUUACAAUGUUUUUGUUUUCGUUAGUAAGUUUUUCAUGUUUUAUAUCAUUGAUAUACAUUUUGUAACGUACUAGAAUCCCGCUGUUUACUCACGGGUAUUAUACCUAACAUUUUUUUGUAAUUUAUACUUGCGUGCGUAGCGUUUGUAUACUGCCAGGUAGUUUAAAAUAUAAAAGCGCUUGUCUCAAUGGAUAAAGUCUACCAAAAAAAUCUAAUUUUCUUUUUAAAACAAGUUAAUUGAUUUUAUUGCAAAGCCGAUUGACUGUUGAGGAAAUGAGUUGCGCAUAUUUGUAGCUGUUUUACUUGUUUUUUAAUUUUACAUCACUUGUUGUGUGUGAGUUGUGAACAUGCAACCGCCUUAGUGCCUCCAAACGCCACAUUAAUAGAACUAAGAUUUAUAAAGUUAGCAAUUUGCUCAAUUUAGUUAGCUAUUUGUACAUAAACUGUUUGAAUGAAAUAUUUGUGCAAGUACACAACAGAUGCUUCAUUUAACUUAAAGGCAAUACAUAUUUGUAGUGUACUUGGUUUUCAACUUUCGUGAAUUAACUCAAUGAUAACGGUUAUUAAGAUAGUGUUUCCUUAAAUUACAGCCUAUUCGCAAAGCAAAUUCGAAAAUAUUAUAUAUAGUCCGGGAGGUAGGGGUCUAUUAUGAGACGAAAGUGAAGCUCCGCUGGAGCUCUCGCGGCAGUGGGUUCUAUGGCAGCACAAGGCACAACAUGUAAAGGAAAAAGUUGUUUUGAAUAAUUUUAGACAACCAGAUUUUUUUACAAGUAUUAAAGACGUCAGAUAAUAUUUAAAAAAAUGUCAGCUGGGUCAGACGGGGAAUUAAACGUCAGCUGGGUUUCUAAAUUUGUAAUAAAAAUAAUGGAAAUUAUAAAUAUUAUAUAAAAAUAUUAUAUUCAAUUUUUCACGUUUUGAUAUUGCCAUUAGUCACAGCGCAGAUCAAAUGUUCAGAAAAAUAUUUUGCGGUUCUCGCAACAUUUUUACUAACUUUUCUCGGAUAUUUAGUGGAUAUAACUACUAUAAAAAUUGAUUAGUUUUUGUGGAACUUCGCAUUCUCCUUUUAUCAAGAAGUCAGUACUACCUCGGGCAAUCGUUUAGGCUGGAUAUUACGAAUGCAUUGUCUCAAAAUUAUUACCGCUCGGUUCAAAAUAUUAUCUUCUUUCAAAAUAUCGAGAUCAGUUCUAAUUAACACUCCGGCAAACUGUUUUACACUAUUAAUUUUUUUUGUAAAUUUCUUCAAUAACCUACUUUCAAAAUUAUACGGCUCUAUCUGUGUUGAUUUGGUGGAAUCACGAUUAGCGACGGCUUCAGCAAAGAGUGAAUGUAGAAAAGUUAAAAAAAGACUCAUGCAUUUUUAUAAUGUUUUCGGGAACGAAACUGCACACUUUUUUAAAGGCUAAUCUAUGAAUCUCGCGAGUCGCCAGCCAUUCGGUCUUCUCUAUAUUAAAUGUUUCUUGUGCCUGCUGCGUAUUCUGCAGUACUGCAAGUAUAAAAUACCUUUGCGGUGGAGCCUUUGUAUAAUAUAAACAUCAUAUUAUUCAUUAAUAGAAAUGUGAAAAUAUUCAUCAACUGAUUGCUCGUUGGGAAAAAAGUCGUCCAUUGAAAAUUCCGCGCGUCAUAGAGAUAUAUGAACGCAAUCAUACUUUCUUGCUUGGACUGACGGUCUUUCCGCCACUAUAAAUGCAGCUGAUUGUCAUUUUAAUAUUUCUAUACAUAUCCAAAAUCAUGUGAACAUUUUUCAUGCUAUUUAAAAUAAUUUAUUUCCUUUAUUUUCAUUACAAGUUCACACGCCCAGCUGACGUCCCCCCUCUACGGCCCAGUUGACUAUUUUUUUAAAUAUUUUCUGAAGUUUUAAUUCAUGAAAAACAUUCACGUUGUCUAAAAUGAUAAAGAAAAACUUUUUUCGACAUGUUCCUCAGUCUCAGCUGACGGCACUUUUUAUCAUUGGCUAUAUGGAAUCUACUUUUAUUGUUAGUAUCUGCCGGCAUGAAAUGACUAGGUCAAAAAGACUCCUGCCUCCCUGACUGUUAGACCAGUUUGAUUCGACGCGAAGACAAAAGCAGAAUUAAAUUUGUUUCUAAAUGGUAUCACCUAAGUUUUAGAGUUGUUUUGGUUGCUAAUGUCGCAAUGACCCUUGAAUAUUUGGAUACUUACACAAGUUAGUUGCACUUAUGAUUAAUUAAAUUUAACGCUCGUCUAUAUUUUUUUCUCAAGAUCAACAGAAAAUCUACCAUGUAAAACGCUCUAUUAAUAUUUUAGAUUUUUAUUUUUAGCUUUCAAAUUAAGCACACCGGAAAUUCAAAAUAUUGCUGUCUUGAGUAGAGUUGUUUUAUCUGUACGAAUUCUGUUGAUUUAUUUCCGAAAAAACUUCUUAACCUUUGAGUUUGAGGUUUAUUCGAAGAGAAAACGUGAUUUAAUUACCAUAGAGUUGGGUACAAAUUUGAUUUUUUGAGCUGAAUAUGUUGCAUUACUAUGCAAACAUUCAGGCUAAAGAAGUAUUUCUAAAGAUAUCAUGUGGGUUACCCUCUCUCGAAAAGGUAUAAUUGGGCUGUUUUUUUUGUAGUUAGAUGUUAGUAGACAUUAAAAGUGAAUUAUAUUUAAAUAAUCACUUUUAACUGCAAUUGUGUUUUACAUGCAAUAUACUUUAAAUGUUAUAGAAUUUUAUCAUUAUAUGUGUUGUAAAUGUACCUGUUUAAACGUAAGAUAUUAAUGUAUCAGAAGUAUGUAAGGUACUACUUACACAUGUUGGUGUUUCUAUAUUUUUGUAUUAACCAUGUAGUUUAAUAAAGAAACGUUUUCAUAUAA